CACAGCCAGGUUUUAAUUUAUCGUAUGUAACGACACGCAAUUCAUAUCUUACUAUGUUUACCUGGGCACAGGAAGUAAAAUCGAGAUGCCUAAAAAGGAGAAAACAUUCAGUAGGUCAGCCUCACUACCAACAAGGUCAAAGAAGGGACCACCGCCCAUUGUUUAUGACAGUGCUGCUAAUGAAUCCAGUUUGUCACCAGAACAAAGAGAAGCUAGAGUCCACAGAGCUUUAAAAGAAAUAAAACAAUUGGCAAUCAAGGCCAAAAGAACGUAUAAAAGAGAAAGAAAAGGCGGAGGACAUGCAUACACAUACACGUGUGAAGAACUCAUAAAGACAUGGAUACCUGAACUCAAGGAAUUGCUGGGAAUACAGACACACGAGGAAAUCAUCGAGCAGGAACAAGCUCUUGCUGCCGAGGAAAAUUUUCGCCAUAACACAAACAGAGAUCUGAGGAGAUGGAAUGACGCCUUUGAGGUGAAGAAAAAGUAUGAAGACGAAACCAACCAGCUUAACAGUCGAUAUCAAGACGAAUUGCAUAAAAUUAGAAAAGAACAUGAAAGUGUUCUAAGAAGUUUGAGAGAAAAGGAAAUUCAACUGAAGAGUUUAUCUGAAGAAAAAGAAAAUCUGUUGACAAGGCUAAGUCAGGUUGCAGGAGCCAAAUUACGAGACAAUAACCCGGCCGUGUCCGACCUCAGUGACCCCAAUCGACCCCUGAAAAUUUCAGAAAAAGUCAGUGAGCUUUACGACAAUGAGUGGACAGACGCAAUGGAGAUCUUGGAGAAUGACUGCAGUGAGACCGAGGCAAUAGAAACACUACUCACCAUUAUUCUGAAAUGUUUUAGACUUUGUAAAGAUUAUUCCAGUUUCCAGUUGAAAACUAUGACUACGGCUCUCGUUCUAAAUGAAAAGCUGACACCUGAUCUUACUUUAGCAGAAAAAUAUGCCAAAGAUAUACAAAAGAGUUCCUCAGCCUGGAUGUUGAGCGAUUCUUGUCUACAUUCUAUAAUAUGGCAAGAAGUUGAAAAGGCUGUUGGAAUGCAAAAUGCAAAUAAAUGCAAACCUUAUAUUCACAAAUGUGUGCAGUACUGUUGGUACAUGUGUAUCCAGGACCCUCCAAUGACUGCAGUUGCUUUCCAGAAAGGGACAGAAUUCAAUAGCAAUGGAAUGAAGUCUUUUACUAAAAUAGGACAGUUUGUUGACUUUACAGUAUGGCCAGCAUUAUACCUUCACGAAAACGGUCCCUUGCUUUCAAAAGCAGUAGUACAAGGAACCAAUGUUCAAGGCACCAAUAAACCACCUCCAGAAAAAAAUUACGAGGACAGGAAAAAUAAACAGACCAACAAUCAAGAAAUUCCUACUAGAAAUUACCGAAAAAUGGAACCUCAGAACUAUCGACCCGCGGAAACGGCUUACCGUGCGAUAUCAGAUGAUCGGUACAUCGAACCACAUCUUGAAAGAACGAGGAAAGGAUACCCUGAAAUUCGCGAUACCAAACAUGGAAAUGUUGGACAAAGAGACUAUCGACCAGAAUUUGUUGAGAGUCAAUACUCAGACCCCCUGCCAAACAGAGGCCAAUACAUGUCGUACAGUUCCCCACAACCUCCCCAUCUGCCAAACAAGGGGCGAUCACAGCAUGUUCAAUAUACUACACAGACUGACAUUCCAGCAUCAGUUUAUAGAAAUCAGGCAUAUCCUUCAAACACGAGAUAUGAGCAUCAUGGGAACCACCCACAAUAUAGACCUGAAAAACAGUUUCUUCAGGCAACCCAUAGCCGGAGUGCUCCAAAUGAGUAUUAUAAUGAAACUUAUGAACAAGCUCCUCCUAAAACACAAUAUAAAAGACACGGCAAUCCGCAUGCGUCACGAACAUAUUUCAAAAAUAACAAGGAAUACAGAUCAACAGAACUAUGAAUUUAGAUAUUUAAAGUUAUGCUACUUGUGUCAAGAAAUUGAAAUGAACAUGCUUAAAUGCAUAACGUUUACCCUUUAAACAUCCGGAAUGUUCUCAGCGCAAUACUCAUGACAGCCAUAUUCUUAGUAAAAAGGAAUAGCCAUUCCGUUUGCAAUCGAUUUAUUGAUUAUUUGCAAAAGAACUGAUAUCACAAUGUUUUGUAUUUGGAAUGUAUUCUUUGGAUAUAUUUUAUGCGUCCUAUUGUAUAUCUUGACCAGAACAAAAACACUGAACUAUUGAAUUCA